AUGGGUUGUAACCUGAAGACAUUCAAAAGCACAGAGUUCAUCGACGACUCUGAUAGCUCGGAUGACGAUGGCAGCAUCCUUGACAUCUUGUCGACAUCUUCCGAUUCUGAUAGCUCAGGGUCAUUGACAGCAUUUGUAUCCGAUGCAAGCAUUUUCAAUUUCGAUACUCAAGACAGUAUAGAUCGUGAACUAGAUGCCAUGGCUGCUCUGCCUCCAGCUGUAGAGCCUAUUCCAGUUGCAGAGCCUCUUCAAGCACCUAAAGUCAAGUCAAAAAAGAAAUGUUGCACAUAUAUUCUGUUUGUGGCGACUCCCCCUCCCAAUGAGCCAGAGGUUUUACCUGCUCAAGUGGCUCCACUGUGUAUCAAGGCAACAUACAGCAUCACAAUUCUGCUGCACAAUCGAAAAGAGACCAAUCCAACCAUCUUGUCCUUCGAAAACUACAAGACUUUCUUUACCAUCAUUCACAUCGCUCCGCAGCCAACCUCACUCACAGAUGAAGAUGAUUAUCAAGAGCUCAUCAAACAUCUGCAGCGAAUGAGCACACCUGCUGCCACUAUUUAUAUCCAAGAGCUUUCAGCCAUGAAAAAGCGCAAGGACCGGCCAUCAGACAAGGAGAACAAUAGAGAAACAAAUGAGGAUAACAAUCAUAGCAGCUCAGAAUCGAGUGAUGACGGUAAGAAGAGGAGCAAGAAGAAGAAGAAAACAAAGGCACCAAAGGCUGCUGACAUAGACGAAGAGAUGAAACCAAUCAACAAGAACAUCAAGGCAUUAUCGGAUCGGUGGGUUUGCCACAAAAAUCCAGGCUGCUUGAGCGACUACUGCUACCUAAACCCUGGUGACAAUGGAUCUCAUGAAAAAGGGCCAGAGUAUGCCACUCUUGAGAUGCCUCUUAACCAUUCUUCCUUCAGCAUGAUUUCUUCCGACUCUCUUGGGCGGCCCUCACUUCUUUCCGUCCGCCACCAACAGCUCGACGAACAAUCCAAGAAAGCCACUCAGGCUGAGGCUGUACCUGUCGCACCUGCACCAGCACAAGCUAUGCCUGUUAUCAACAUCAAUUUUCCUCCUGAAAUGUUCCAAGCUAUACGUGCAGCAUCUGGCUCACAACCUGUCCAUCAUGCACCAGCUUCUGCCUUGCUUCCACCUGCUGUAUUACCACCUGCUGUUCCAGCCUCUCUCGGCUCUUUGCUCUCAUCGACACAACUUGCUUCCCUUGGACCGAGAAUGAACCUAAUGGACUUUUGCUCUGCUUAUGAACUUUCACAAAUUCUUCAGUCAAAACUUUCCGAUCAUGGUUUCACGUCAUCACAUGCCCUUUGUUAUGUCACUGUCGAUGAUUUGCAAAAGGUGGGCUUGCUUUGUGGAGAGCUUGCUGAGCUCAAGGAUGCAGUUGCCCGUUGGUGUGGUGAAUAG